AUUUAAAUGAGUGUGAGAGCAGCCCCUGUAGCCAAGAGUGUGCCAACGUGUAUGGCUCCUACCAGUGCUACUGCCGCCGUGGCUUUCAGCUCAGCGACAUCGAUGGGAUUUCAUGUGAAGAUAUUGAUGAAUGUGCUUUGCCUACUGGAGGGCAUAUCUGUUCCUUUCGGUGUAUCAAUAUUCCUGGGAGCUUUCAGUGUACUUGUCCCUCCACUGGUUACAGGCUGGCACCCAAUGCACGCAACUGCCAAGAUAUCGACGAGUGUGUUGCAGAAAGCCACAACUGCUCCUUCAAUGAGACCUGCUUUAACAUCCAGGGGGGCUUUCGUUGCCUCUCUCUGGAGUGCCCAGAGAACUACCGCAAGUCAGGGGACACUGUCAGACUUGAGAAGACAGAUACCAUCCGUUGCAUUAAGUCCUGUCGACCAAAUGAUGUCAACUGUGUGUUGGAUCCAGUCCACACGAUUUCCCACACUGUCAUUUCCCUGCCCACCUUCAGAGAAUUUACAAGACCUGAAGAGAUUAUUUUUCUUCGUGCCAUCACACCUACAUAUCCAGCCAACCAGGCAGAUAUCAUAUUUGACAUAACAGAAGGAAAUUUAAGGGAUUCCUUUGAUAUCAUCAAGCGUUACAUGGAUGGCAUGACAGUGGGUGUAGUUCGCCAGGUGAGGCCCAUUGUUGGACCUUUCCAUGCCAUCCUGAAGCUGGAGAUGAACUAUGUCAUGGGGGGAGUGGUGUCCCACCGUAACAUCGUCAACGUCCACAUCUUCGUCUCUGAGUACUGGUUCUGA